AUGCAAGGAAAAUCAGACCCGGAACCCGUUCGGGGGAUCCUGCAUGUCAGCGCUUAUGCAGUUCCCAGGAUUUCCAUGGUGAAGGCUUGGUCGCAAUCGGAAACGGGCGAGCUUAUUUUACGUCUUGGUGGUCUUUGUAUUGCACGGCCUACCGAGGUGAUUGAUGGAUCUGUUGCUUCCAUUGUCUAUCUAUUCCACGAGGAUGAAAAUGAGGAUCGUCCUGUCCGAACCGUUUUGGUCCCCGAGGUUCCCGAGCCCGACCUCCGCAACAUGGCGGAUCCAAAUCCCGAUGGAGCUGUGUUCACGCUGUAUUUUGUCACAAUUCCAAGCCGGUAG